UUGCUGGAGUAACGUGUCGCGCAAUUGAAAUUGGCGGCGUUUUCAUCGUCCACAGCGUCAGCGUCGUCGUCGUUUUCGUAUUCGUGCGUCUGUGUGUGUGCGUGCGUGUGUGUGUGAGUGGCGCUGCCAAUUAGUGUUACAUACGUGCAACAGUCUCGUGUGCGUGUGCGCGUUUCUCUGCCUGUGUGUGUGUGCCCCAUGCUUAAGCUUGGGGCGCCACCGCUUGCUGCCCACAACAAAAUUUUAUAAACAAAUUCUGCUUCACUAAAUGUUAUUAACCUUUUGCUAGCUUUUACAAAAAAUGUGUGAAAUUUCACAAGCGCUGUACGUGUGAAAAAAAGAGAGAGCAACAACAACAACAACAAAAGUCAAAAUGCCAGCAAUCAAAUUACAGCAAUUGAAUUCGUUACAAUGCUCUGUACUGGGCGUUGGGCGUGGCAGCAGCAGCAGCUGUUGGCAUUUGGCAACAAAUUAUUUAAAAAGUUAUUGCCACAUUCAGCGUCAUGGUGUUAAUAACAAUAAAACUUUAUGCAUGCUGACAUUGACUUUGAUUUUAUUGAGCGUACACCAGGCAGCGGCAGCAGCAGCAGCAGCAUCAACAACAACAGCCGUGGGCAGCGCAGUCGGCGACGCGACUGCAUUGGAAAUUGGCACUUGCAAACAAGCAUUGGGCAUGGAAUCUGGCGCUAUAGCUGACUUUCAAAUCACAGCAAGCUCAGCUCAUGAUAUGGGCAAUGUGGGACCGCAGCAUGCAAGACUCAAAGUGGAUAACAAUGGAGGAGCUUGGUGUCCCAAGCACAUGGUCUCACGUGCUUUGAAGGAAUAUCUACAAAUUGAUCUGCUGCAGGUGCAUUUGGUCAGUGCGAUUCGCACUCAGGGUCGCUUUGGCAAAGGUCAGGGCCAGGAAUAUACCGAAGCCUAUGUGCUGGAGUAUUGGCGACCUGGCUUUGAGAAAUGGCUGCGCUGGAAGAGCAUUCAAGGCAAAGAGAUACUUCCCGGCAAUAUAAACACCUACAGCGAGGUGGAGAAUCUGCUGCAUCCCAGCAUCUUUGCUUCCAAGGUUCGCAUCUAUCCCUACAGUCAAUACGAUCGCACCGUCUGCCUGCGCGCCGAGAUUGUUGGCUGCGCCUGGGAAGAGGGCAUUGUGUCCUAUAGCAUGCCCAAGGGCGUGCAACGUGGCAUGGAAAUUGAUUUAUCGGAUAAGACCUAUGAUGGCAUUGAGGAGAAUGAACGAUUUGUAAAUGGAUUGGGUCAGUUGGUGGAUGGGCAACGUGGCAAGGAUAACUUUCGCUUGGAUAUCAAUGGAUUUGGCAAAGGCUACGAAUGGGUUGGCUGGCGUAAUGAUACUUUAUAUGGUCGUCCAGUGGAAUUAACAUUCGAAUUUGAAACUGUGCGUAACUUUAGCGCUGUGAUUAUUCAUACCAACAAUAUGUUCAGCAAAGAUGUGCAGGUGUUUGUGCAUGCAAAAGUUUUCUUCAGCAUUGGCGGACGUCAGUUUGCCGCUGAGCCAGUGCAGUUCUCCUAUAUGCCCGACCAGGUGCUGGAUCAUGCUCGGGACGUGACAAUCAAAUUACAUCAUCGCCUGGGGCGCUAUCUACAGUUGCAUUUGUAUUUCGCCGCUCGCUGGAUGAUGCUCAGCGAGAUUACAUUCAUAUCAGUGCCCGUGGCGGGCAAUUUCACAGAUGAGGAGCUGCUCAAUGUGCCGCCCUCGAAUGGUGUCGCCGUGGCAAACACAUCCGAAUAUCCCUUGCAACGCGAUGAGGUUGGACGCGCUGUCAGCAGCGGUGGCGAGCGCAGUCAACAUACCACGCAAGUUAUCUCGCCCAAGCCCAUGGACCAUCAGGAACCGGAAACGAGUUUCGUUGGCGUCAUAAUCACAGUGCUGGCUACGAUUAUACUGAUGCUGGUUGCCAUUAUACUUUUGAUAAUAGCGCGCAAUAAGCGUGGACGCGGACGUGGCAACAACGUUUUGGAUGCAUUUCAGCACAAUUACAAUCCGGAUACGCUGGGCGGCAUUGAUAAGCGCCUCAAUGGCAAUGGCGUCUUGAAGGUGGUAACAACAAUGGAUGACAAUGAGUCGUCCAUUGACAAGAACAGUCUCUACCAUGAGCCCUUCAAUGUGAACAUGUAUACGAGCGCGGCCAGUGCCUGCUCCAUGAAUGACCUGCAGCGUCAGCAUGUAACGCCGGACUACACAGAUGUGCCGGACAUUGUGUGCCAGGACUAUGCAGUGCCCGUGCCUCACAUGCAGCAGCUGUUGCCGCCGCCGCCGAAUGCCGCUGGCACAGCUACGGGCCGCAGCUCACUCAAUGCGGCAUCCAUUGUGGCAGCAGCAGCAGGAGCGUCAGUUACGGGCACACAGACGGGCGUGCCACCAGUGCCACCGCCGCCGGAGAAAUAUUACGCAGCCACACCAAUUUGCAGCAAAACAGUGGCAGUCGGUCCGGCUGGCUCCCAAAGCAGCGGCUCGUUGAGUUUAAGCUCCUCGAAUACAGCGGCGACCACGCCCACGCCAACGGGAGGCAAACCGCAUCAUUACAAUUUGGAUAUGAGCGCUAAUUUCGCCGACAUCAACGAGGAGCAGGCCAAUUGCCAAGUGCAGGAGUUUCCCCGCCAAUCUCUCGUCAUUGUGGAGAAACUCGGAACCGGCGUAUUUGGCGAACUGCAUUUGUGCGAAACAAAUGUGCUGAACGCCACCUUAGUCGCCGUGGCAACUCUACGCCCUGGGGCUGGCGAUCAUCUGCGCAAGGAAUUCCGCGCUAAGGCCAAGCAGCUGGCACGCCUCAAUGAUCCGAAUGUGGCGCGUUUGGUGGGCGCCUGUCUGCGCGACGAGCCAAUUUGCAUUGUUCAGGACUAUUCGAAUUGUCUGGGCGACUUGAAUCAAUUUCUGCAGGAGCAUGUGGCCGAAACGAGCGGAUUGCUGGCUAAUAAGAGUUUGAGGUAAGUUUAGAGAGCGAGAGAGAUAGAGAGUUGUUGCAACAUAGACUAAUGUGAUGUCUCUUUGCGUUGC